AGUGGAUAAUUCAAGCAAAUAUCAAAAAGCAAAAAAUGUAACGCUCGUCGCAUACGACCGUAGCCCCGAAGCUCUGUAUAGUUCACGAGUGGAAAGAUACCACGUGGCGCACUGGGCCCAACCUAUACAUCUCUGCUUCACUAUAUAAAAUCCUCGCCCACUCAUUUCUUAGCACACAUAAAAAGAAGAGAGAAAAUCAAUCCAAUUGAAAAAACAGACACCCACAAACACAAAUACACUCAACGAGUAACAUCUCUUCGCCGGCCACUUCAACAUCGCCGGAAAAUGCAAAUUCCGGCGCACGGUUUCUCUUUCUUCCCCUACAAGCACAAUGUUCGUGUUUCCUUCCAUCACCGUCACGUUUUCCGCGAAAAACCCUAACAGAAGCUGUUUCCCUCUUCUUAAUUUUGCCUUUUGAAGUAAAUAUUGCUGCGCAAUUCUGUUUUGAUCCUUUUGUUUUUGUGUUGGAGUUUGAUUGUAAUCGGAUGAUUUGGAGUUGAAUCAAAAGCUAUAGAAUUUAGAUUGCGUUUUUAGGUUCGCUCACAUUGAAAAUUUUGUAGAAGGAAUUUUGUUCGAGUUUUGAAGUAAUUUGUUAUCGAGUGAAAUGCCUUUUCCGAUGAGAAUCCUGCCGAUCGAUGCGAUCCGGCAGGACGUCGUCAAGCCACCGGUGUUGAAAUCGCGGCUGAAGCGGCUUUUCGACCGUCCGUUCAACAGUGUUCUGAGGAAUUCAUCAGCUGAUAAGCAGGCAGCCGGAGGAGAGAAGGACGGUGGCGUGGCGCCGGAAUUCGAACCAAGCUCCGUCUGUUUGGAUAAAAUGGUUCAGAAUUUCAUCGAAGACAACAGCGAGAAGCAAUCGUUCACCUCCGCUGUGAAAUGCGGCCGUCACCGCUGCAACUGCUUCAACGGCAAGAGCAACGACAGCUCCGACGACGAGUUCGAUUUCUUCUCGGACUCGUUAGCAGUGAAUUCUUCUUUCACCGAUCCCUGCGAUAGUCUCAAGAGUUUGAUUCCCUGCGCGAGCGUGGCGGAGAGAAAUUUACUGGCAGACACUUCGAGAAUCGUCGAAAAGAACAACAAAACUUGUAAAAGGAAUGACGAAUUGAGAAAAGUCGUCACCGAUUGCCUAAUUGCUCUUGGAUACAACGCCUCUGUUUGCAAAUCCAAAUGGGAAAAAACUUCUUCAGUUCCAGCUGGCGAGCACGAAUACAUCGAUGUGAUAACUGAAGGCGGCGAGAGGCUGAUAAUCGACGUGGAUUUCCGAUCGGAGUUCGAGAUCGCACGAUCAACAAGCGGUUACAAGUCGAUCCUGCAGUGUCUGCCGUCGAUUUUCGUCGGAAAAUCCGAGCGGCUACUGCAGAUCAUCUCGAUUGCGUCGGAAGCCGCCAGGCAGAGCCUGAAGAAGAAAGGCAUGCAUAUCGCGCCGUGGCGCAAAGCCGAAUACGUCAAGUCUAAAUGGCUCGGCCCUCACACACGCAUCCCAGCCGUAAACAGCGCCGUUCAGAAGCCUGACGACGAUCCCCGACCUGAACCCGAAGUUAUCGAAUUUCUAGAAAACGAGAGAGGAGAGCUGGACCUGAUUUUCGGGGAGGAAACGUCGUCGUCGCUCUCGCCCGAGUCUGGUAUGGAGAAACCGAGUUCGCCGGUGAUGUUCUCCGGCGAAAUAUCGCAGUCGGUGACGUGGCAGUUGCCGGAGCUGAGGCCGAAGAGUUUGGAGAGGGGGAAUAAGGUGGUCGUCACGGGAUUGGCUGCUCUCCUCAAAGAAAAACUCUGAUAAAAAAAAUAAAAAAUAAAAAAUAAUUUUUUGUUUUUUCACCAGAAGCUUCUCUAACUUUUUUUCUUUUCUUUUUUUACUAUUGUAUUUUUGAAAAAGAACAUUAGACCGACAAAUAUACAGAUGAUCCCCUCCUAAAAUAGCUUGUGUUGGGUGUAUAAAAUGGGGAACUCCGAGGGUUAAUCUGAGGGAUUUUGUUUUUGCGCUUUCAUUAGCGUUCCUUGUUUUUCCUGUUAUAAUAAAAUACAGAUAUUUUGAAUUCGAA